UUUUGAUUGGGAUAUCUGGUCCGGGGAUAUGGCACAUUUUUCUUGAAUUAUUUUGCGAAGGGUCGUGAGAGUAGCCAAUUUGAUCUGAGGAUACAAGUGUUGAAGCAGCUUGUUUAUGUAAAUUGUACGAAGGAGUAGCUUUAUAUAAUUUGGACAGCAAGAAGCUAACAAACCAGGACAGACGCCCAGCUUUGCAAUGAAGUUGGUCAGGUUUUUAAUGAAACUCAGUCAUGAGACUGUAACAAUCGAGCUGAAAAAUGGAACAGUAGUCCAUGGAACAGUUACUGGUGUGGACAUCAGCAUGAAUACUCAUUUAAAAUCGGUCAAGAUGACCAUCAAGAACAGAGAUCCCGUAGCGCUGGACACAUUGACCAUUCGUGGAAACAAUAUUCGUUACAUCCUUCUUCCAGACAGUCUUCCCUUGGAUACUCUGUUGAUUGAUGACACGCCCAAGGCUAAGGCAAAGAAGAAGGAGGCUGUUGCCCUCGGUCGUGGUCGUGGUAGAGGUCGCGGUAGAGGACGAGGACGCGGCGGUCCGCCUAGCAGCAGAGGUGGCAGCAGCCGCGGACGUGGUGGUCGGUAGAUGUAGGUGUGUUAGUGUGUUAGUGUGCGUCGUUUUUGUUUGCCUCUGUUGUGUGUGUAUGUGUGUGUGGUGUGUGCGCGUGGUGUGUGUGCGUGGGUGGUUGUGCGCGUGGUGUGUGCCUGUGUGUACGCAUGUGUGUUUGUCACAGCUCUGAAGUGAGUGUGAGUGCAUGUGUGCUUGACUCCAUCUUGCUCAUUUUGUAUAUACAUCUUUAGGUUGCCUGGUCUGCCGCACUUUUUUCAUUUUCUCUUUCUUUACAUCCCGUUUUGUGAAUGUAUUUCAGUACAUUUUAAGGCUAGAAUAGCUGCUCCUCUGUUGAGACUUGGUGUAGGCCAUGCAUGCAGUCUUGCCCUCAUUGCUGUUCUGCUUGUACGGUAUUUGAACAGCACCUCAUCUCUGACUUGCUGGCUUCUUGCUGCCCCUGACCCGUAAUUUGUUGACAUGACCUUGUAAAUGUCAGUGAAUUUA